CUCGUUACUGCUUCCGGGUUAUGGUUCUCCUAUGCUGAUGGUGGCAUGCUUGUUGGAUUUUGCGAACCCCACAUAUCACGUUUUAGCAAAAAGAGAAAAUAAAAUGAGCUCUCAGAAGGGGAACGUAUCUCGAUCACGACCUCAGAAGCACCAGAACGCCAGUGCCUUCAAGAACGACAAGUACGGAGCGACUGUACAAGUGAAGAAGGCGAAGUCAAAGAUCCACGAUGGACUCUGUCAACACUGUAAGGGCGUCCUUGAGUGGAAAGUCAGGUACAACAAAUACAAGCCGCUAACACAGCCCAAAAAGUGCGUCAAGUGCUCUCAGAGGACAGUAAGAGAUGCGUAUCACAUCGUCUGUAAGCCCUGUUCGCUUCAGCUUGAGAUCUGCUGCAAGUGUGGAAAGAAAGAAGACAUCGUCAUCCCGGUGAACUCACACUUGGACAAGCUGGAGCAAGAGGAGGAAGAGACAAAGAAAGAACACAGGCGGGGGAAAAAAGACUUGGAGGGUUUGGACUCUGAUGACGAUUAUUCUGAUGGCGGUGAUGAUGAUGAUGAGGAGGAUGAACGAGAUGACUCUGACAGAGACUCAAAACCGAAAACUACACAAAACAAAUCCGGCAUUCUCCCCAACGUGUCUUUGCUAAAUGUUAAAGAUUAACAGGGUUUUUUUCCUUGCAAAUGUUCUGAGUUCUGGACAGAAUGAGGUUUUUGCCUGUCGCUAAUAAACUGAGUGAAGUAAAGAGAGAUGCUGGUUGUUGCAGGAAGACAUACCCUACUAUUGUGGAAAAAAUGCACUAUUCAGCAGUUUUAAGAUAACAUUAAGGUAUCUUGACAAAAGAUAAGUCAUGUUUUGCAUUUCUGGUCAGUGGACUGGUUAUUGCAUCCUAAUGGAAGAGACAAUUAUGAGUUGCUGAAAGGUGUCCACUCACCUAUUCAGUAAUUUUAUAUUAUGAAAUUUUAUGGAAGGUAACGUAAAUAGUCUCACUAUUUUCAGAAGAAUCAGAUGUUCAUUGUUUUUAGCUUUUUCAGUUUGUUUAAUAAGACUUGCUUUCUUUUCCCCUUAAAUUUUCAAAUAAUAAAUAAAGAUUUGUGGCCUCAUAAGACAAUUUUCACAAACUGUUUUUACGUUUUGCGCAACUUUCUGGUCGCAGGAAUUAAUUUCACCAGUUUUCUCUAAAAAAUCUUACUGACCAAAGUUAAAACACAUUUUCAAAAUUUCUUCCCCUAAUUUCUCAUAUAGUGCCUUGCAUAAGUAAACAUACCAAUGGAUUUGUUUAUCUUAUAGACAAACAGGAAUUGAUGCGUCAUUGGGAAGUUGAAAGAAAAUGAUACAGUUUCUAACGUGGUAAAAUUAAAAAAAAGACCCGAAAAGUGUGAUAUGCAUUGACUCCCAAAAUAAAAUCUAGUGCACC